CACUGAGGAAUGGGAUUUGCUAGUGCUGGGCAGGAAGAGCUGAAGGGGAGGAAUUUUUCACAGACAGUUCCCUGAGGUGAUCUGAGGAGAGGGCAGGGAGGAACGCUGCUGGUCUGCCUUGCUGAUAGACAGAAGUUCCCUGAGGUGAUGCUGAGACAGCCGCUGCAUAUAUCUGCUGAGAGACAGAGGGAGACAUCAUUGCAUUCAGCCCCAUUACCCAGCACCCAGUGCAGAUCAGCAAGUAUACAGGGAGAGAGACGAUGAUCCACUGUGUCCUAGAAUAUUCAAAGGUUCUGUGAAUUACUGGGAGCGUGCUCGAAGUUGUGAUGACCGAUUAGGAUUCAUCUGUUCCUUUGAUGUACCCAUGACUCUUCAUCCUCACAUAGUCAAGGGCCGUUCUUUAUGCAUCUUUAAAUUCUGUAUUUCUAACAAAAAGCCAGCAUACGCAAAGCCGACAGUAAAAAAGCCAGCUACCAAUACAACAGUGCCACCUCCAAACCUGGACGCCUUUACCCCGCUGCCAGCGGACUCUCUGAAGAAUAUGACUAUUCAGGCUGCAAGCCAGAUCGUAUCUGAUCAAGUAGCCCAGCUGGAUAAAGCAGUGACAAACAUCUGGGAGGUAUCACUGGUCUCAAAGGCUUCGGAUAUACUGACGCAGAUAGUGAACGCCAGUGACCUCUUGUCGCCUGGGGCGCAGGUUAACGCCAGCGACGUUCUCCGGAAGCUCAGCCAGCAGCUGUCAGGCUCACUGAGCGAGGACGUGAAUGUCUCCAGUGAGCUGGUGGUGGAUGCGGCACAAUCUCUCUUUGAUGCAUUUGAUGGCACAAUGAAAGCAUCUUUGGACAACCAUGAGAACUUAAAAUCUGAUCAGGUGAUUCAGAUCUUAGACUCUUCAGUAUUAUCUAUGGACUACGUAGAGGGGGCACUAUUGUCGCUCAGAAACGGCUCCAUACAGAAUCACUCCUUCUCCUCCAACGUGUGCAGCAUGACAGUCCGCAGAGUGAUGACCUCAGACCUGACAUCAGGAUCAUUCAGCACUUCUCAUCCAGCUCCCUGCCAGGUCACCUUCCCCUCAUCGUCUGUCCUGCGCAACAUAACCGACGCCUUCCAGACUCUGAACGUCAUGGUAGUAGCUCUGGCUGUUAAUCCAUUCACUCACCUGAGUCCUGUGGAAAUAGUGGGGCCUGUGGUUGAAAUAUCCCUGGAGUCAGAUGAUGGCGGAAUUGACGUGAAUGACAUGGAUGAGUACAUUGAGAUUGUGUUGAAGAAAAAUCAGAGCACAGCAUUAAAUGAGUCAAAUACAGAUCUGGCCAAAGAUAAGGAUAUGAUCCUAGUUGUGAAUGUGACGUCUGCAAACCACUCCCUGGUAAUAAAGGUGGAACCAUCAAUCCCAGUCAAGCUGGACCUGUAUCUUGGAUUUAAUGGAAACCCCAACAGCAGCUUCUUCCUGCAGAACAUUUCCCUCCCAGACAAUGAUCUAUAUACUUGGGUGUUGUCCCCGGAGAAGUUACUGGGUGGCACUGGUAUGUACUAUGUCAACGUGACCGUGGCUAAUACAAGUCUGGAAGUAUGGGCGGAGGGCAAAUCCUUGGCUCUCUCUACCGACAUAUUCGCCACACAAUGCGUUUUCUGGGAUGACGACCUUAGAAUAUGGAGUGUCGACGGCUGCUACGUGGGUGCUGCAAGCACAGUGUCCGAGACCCAUUGUCUGUGCAACCACUUGACCUUCUUUGCCAGCACGUUCUUGGUUAUGCCGCACGUGGUCGAUCUUAGCGACACCCUGAUGCUCUUUGCCAACGUGGCAAAUAACCCUGUGGGAUUGGCACUACUUGGGGCACUUGUUGGAUUUUUCCUGACCGUGGUAACAUGGGCAUCAAAGAAAGAUAAAGAGGAUAUAAAUAAGGUUAGGGUGGCAAUUCUUACAGACAAUGACCCGGCUUUUCACUCCAGGUAUAUGGUGAAAGUGUGCACCGGCUAUCGUAUGGGAUCUGGCACCACAUCUCAGGUGGUGCUGACUCUGUAUGGAUCGGAAGGUCAGAGUGACCCCCAUCUCCUGUCAGAUUCCGGGAAGCAGGUGUUCCACAGGGGGGCAGUCGAUGUCUUCCUCCUGAAAACGCGGAACCUGGGAGAGCUGCACAGCCUGAGGUUGUGGCACAGUAACUCUGGGAGCAGCCCGUCCUGGUAUGUGCACCGUGUCAUUGUGACGGACCUGAGCGCUCAGAAGACUUGGUACUUCCUGUGUGACUCCUGGCUGGCCGCUGACUUUGCCGAUUGUCAGCUGGACAGGAUCUUCCCUUCUGCCUCUCAGGCCAACUUGAUGUCCCUGAGGUACCUGCUAUUCUCUGCCACAGUAGAGAAGAUUCUCAAAGACCACCUGUGGUUUUCUGUGUGGACUCGCUGUCCCUGGAGCCCAUUCACCAGAGUGCAGCGGAUCUGUUGCUCAUUGUCACUUCUUUUCUGCAACCUGGUCAUUAACAUCAUGUUCUGGGAUGACCAUACAGAUGAAGAGUCAAAGACAGGGCAGUUUCUCAUAACAUGGACUCAGAUUAAGAUCAGCUUCAAUUCCUCUAUGAUUUUGAUCCCGGUGAACCUCCUGAUUGUGCAGAUGUUCCAACUCAUCCAGGUACAGCUGAAUCAGGUGACCCCGACUCUGAACAAACUGCGCGUGUCUCUGCCUCCAAAGCCACCCUCCAAGGAAGCUGCGUCCCAGCAGCUGCUCAGGGAUGUGAAAGAUAUUGUGGACUUCCUGCGGAAGUAUAUAGUCCAGGUUCUCGGUGACAGCGCAGAGGAUCUGCCAUCCCCAAAUUCUGAUUUAGUCCUUGAUCACAUAGAGACGCUGUCUCAUCUGGUGCAGUCUUAUAUCUGUGUGCAAGAAGAAAGCCGGGACAGCAAACGUGUGACUGUGAUCAGAGCACAGCAGUGUAUCUUUCUACAUUACCUUUACAAAGUCCUGCAAAAGUUGCAGUAUCAAGUUGCCUCCGUGGAUCUGACCUACGCUACAAAGCCUAUCAGUUACAUUCAAGCCUCUAAUAUUCUCUAUGACCUGAAGCAACAAUUGCAAAGUCUAAAUAUUUCAGGGACGCCUCUGCCGAGCAGUUUAACCACCAGUUUCCCGGUUUCUACGACUCAGAAGAGAUGCUGCCGCAUGCCGAAGUGUUUCACCUUCUUGUGCUGGAUGUUUCUGUUUGGCCUCAGCGCCUUUUCUGGCUACUACAUGGUGCUCGUCAGUCUGUCCAUGACAAGAGACAAGGCCAUCAGCUGGCUCAUAUCCAUCAUUCUCUCUUUCUUCCACAGUGUUUUCUUGAUACCACCUCUUAAGGUUUUUGCUCAGACUAUCUUCAUGUUGCGCGUGCUGAGGAGGAGCAAUAUAGAAGAUGCAGGAGAGGAACAGCAGCUGUACGGGAUUCUUGGCUUGCUGGCAAGCCGUGCGGACUGGGAGCUUUCAGGCUGGAGGGACCCGUCCAAUCCAGUGUACCAGGCACCUGCUAACAAGCCCACAACCAGCCUGAAGAAGCAGAGGUUGAUGGAACAGAAGCUUUCCAAGUUACUGCAUCAGAUUAUCGUUCACAUUAUUCUUCUGGUGUCCACUAUGAUCAUGGCGUAUAUAGACAAGAGCCCUAACGAGUACUACUUGUACCUGGCUAUCCAGAAUAGCUUCUCUGGAACGUUUACUAACAUUGGAGCUAUUCCAGACUUCUACAGCUGGCUGCAGGGAACUCUGUUACCAAACCUAUACACUGUGUACCCAGGCUUCAUUACAGAUGGGAACUGCUUCCUGGUGGGUAGCCCACGCAUCCGUCAGUUACGGAGAGUCCCUAACAGUGGCGGAGUACCCAAGCUUUAUGAUUUGGAGGAUAGCAGCAGCUAUGGGCCCGAGUGGAGCACAGACCGCAGCAGUAAUGCAUCGGCUGACAUGUGGACAUACUACACGGAAUCAGAAUUGGGAGGAUAUCCCGUCAUGGCAUAUUAUGGCUCCUACUCCGGAGGUGGCUACAUAGUGGAACUAGGCUUGAACAGAAGCUCUGCAGACAGUGUGAUCAGCUGGCUAGUAACGAGCAACUGGCUGGACAGCUACACCAAAGCCGUAUUUGUGGAGUUCAACGUCUACAAUGCCAAUAUAAACCUCUUUUGCCUCGCGGCCUUCAUCCUGGAGACCAGCGUGAUUGGAAGCUUAUGGCCGACAACUGACCUGCAGAUCAUGCGUCUCUAUCCCACAGCUGAGAGUUUCUUCUCCUUUCAAUUUGCUAACGAAAUUCUGUUUCUCAUCAUUAUCCUGUAUACCAUUGUGAUUCAGGGAAUGCGCCUAAAGGAACAGAAAUGCUCCUACUUUCGUCAGACAAGGAACAUCCUUGAUCUAAGCAUUAUUGCAAUUAGCUGUUCCAACACUGCUUUGUACAUUAAAAGGAUAAUUCUUCGCAGCCGGGACAUAAGUCGUUACCAAAGUGACCCUUCACGAUACGUAAGCUUCUCUGAGACCGCUACAGUAGACGCUGCCUAUGGGUACAGUAUUGCGUUUCUGGUUUCUCUCAUGACUGUGAAACUCUGGAACCUCCUCAACUUAAACCCGAACAUGCACCUGAUCACUAUGACGCUGCAAAAGGCCUGGAACGAAAUUAGUGGCUACCUUCUCACUAUCCUCAUCCUCCUGGUGGCUUAUGGCAUCUCUUGCAACUUACUCUUUGGUUGGACUAUAUCCAAUUACAGAACGAUCUCUGACUCUAUUGUGACUAUUAUCAGCCUUCUAAUUGGCAUUUUUAAUUAUGACGAGGUCUUCAACCUGGACCCAGUCUUGGGCUCUCUCCUCAUCUUCACCUGCAUCAUUUUCCUAGUGUUUGUUGUGGUCAACAUCGUCCUGUCCGCCCUGCUUAAUGUAUUUUCCAGGGAGCGCAAGAACCCGACGCCUUAUGAAGAAAAGGAAAUCGUAGACAUGGUGAUGCUGAGGCUGUCAGGGCUGUUUGGGAAACAGAAAACGACGGAAGAGGCAGCAACAGACAAGGACAAGGACAAAGAGUCGUGAGCAGAUAUGAGAGAAGGGCAGUCUGAUCAUCUUAUUUAUUAUUCUACAGUUCUUCAACAGUCACAAAUUUAAUUAAAGAGCUAAUUACUUGCAGCAAAUGGGGGUGUUCUGUGCAGUUCCAGUCAUCACAUGCUGUAUGUAUGGAAUUUAAUUAGGUCCAUGACCAUAUAAAAGCAGCAGAUCUGAGGAUA